AUGCGUGUAGAGCGGGCAGGUACAACCUCCAGUGUGGCAAGGUAUCCAAUCAUACCCUCGGGGAACAGUGAGAACCCAGAAAUUAUCACUGUGACUCUUGUCAUGGACAACUUGUGCAUCGAAGAUAAUUGUGAUGAUGCAUUGGUAUCUCCCUUACCUUCAACAGCUCUUACCAGUUCCUCUGAGCUCUUCAGUACUCACAGUCCCAGCUUUGCAAAGCUCAACAGGCGAGAUGGAGCUGGUGGCUGGUCCCCGCUGGACUCAAAUGAGCAGCAGUGGCUCCAGGUUGAUCUGGGAGACAGAGUGGAGAUCGUCGCGGUCGCUACCCAGGGCAGGUACGGGAGCUCAGACUGGGUAACCAGCUAUACGCUGAUGUUCAGCGACACCGGCCGCAACUGGAAACAGUACAGACAAGACAACAUCAUCUGGGUUUUCACAGGGAACAGCAACGCUGACAGUGUGGUUCACCACAAAUUCCUGCACUCCAUGAAAGCCCGCUUCUUGCGCUUCGUCCCUCUGAAGUGGAAUGUCGGUGGGCGGAUAGGACUGAGAGUUGAGGUCUUCGGCUGCUCCUAUAAGUCAGAUAUUGCAGACUUCGAUGGCAGAAGUUCACUCCUCUACAGGUUCAAUCAGAAGCUUAUGAGCACAUUCAAAGAUGUGGUUUCCUUGAAGUUCAAGAGCAUGCAGGGGGAUGGAGUCUUAUUCCACGGAGAAGGACAGCGUGGAGACUACAUUACCUUGGAACUGCAGAAAGGGAAGCUCUCCUUGCACAUCAACCUGGGUGACUCCAACCUGCACUUCAGUAACAGCCACACGUCCGUCACCCUGGGCAGCCUCCUGGAUGACCAGCACUGGCACUCAGUUCUCAUAGAGCGCUUCAACAAGCAAGUGAACUUCACAGUGGACAAGCACACUCAGCAUUUCCGAACGAAGGGGGAUUCGGAUCACUUGGAUAUCGAUUAUGAGCUCAGUUUCGGAGGGAUUCCUGUGCCGGGGAAACCAGGAACCUUUCAGAGGAAAAAUUUCCACGGGUGCAUUGAGAACCUUUAUUACAACGGAGUCAAUAUAAUUGACCUGGCAAAAAGGCGCAAACCUCAGAUCUAUACUGGGAACGUGACCUUUUCCUGCUCAGAACCACCAAUUGUUCCUAUCACCUUUGUCAGCGCCAGUCGAAGCUACUUGCUACUACCCGGCACUCCUCAAAUUGAUGGUUUGUCAGUCAGCUUCCAGUUUCGAACAUGGAAUAAAGACGGCUUACUUCUGUUCACCGAAUUGUCUGAAAAUUCAGGACCUCUCCUGGUUUACCUUCAUAGUGGGAGAUUGACACUACUUAUUCAGAAAGAGACAGAGAACCCAGUGGAAAUCAGUGAAGGCAUCAAUCUCCACGAUGGGCUUUGGCAUUCUGUUAACAUCAAUGCCAGAAGACAUCGCAUUACCCUGACACUGGAUAACAACGCUGCCACUGCUAGCCAUGCAACCACUGUCUCAAGGAUCUACUCUGGGAACAGCUAUUAUUUUGGAGGGUGCCCUGACAAUUUCACCGAUUCCCAAUGUUUAAAUCCCGUUACUGCUUUUCAAGGCUGUAUGAGGCUCAUCUUUAUUGAUAACCAGCCCAAGGACCUCAUUUUAGUUCAGCAAGGCUCCCUGGGGAAUUUUAGUGAUUUACACAUUGAUCUGUGUGGCAUCAAAGACAGAUGUUUACCCAACUACUGCGAACAUGGAGGAAAAUGCUCUCAGUCCUGGACUGCUUUUUAUUGUGAUUGUAAUGAUACAGGCUACAUGGGAGCCACCUGUCAUAACUCUAUCUAUGAACAAUCUUGUGAGGCUUACCGACACCAAGGGAAGAUGUCAGGUUUCUUUUACAUCGAUUCUGAUGGAAGUGGACCACUUGGACCACUCCGUGUUUUUUGCAAUAUAACAGAAGAUAAGAUCUGGACUGCAGUGCAGCACAACAACACAGGGCUAACCAGAGUCCAAGGAGCUGAUCCGGAGAAGCCGUACACCAUGUCCUUUAACUACAACAGCAGCGCAGAGCAGCUGGAAGCUAUGAUAAACAGCGCAGAGUACUGCGAGCAGGAGGCAGCCUACCACUGCAAAAAGUCACGUCUCCUGAACACACCGAAUGGAAUGCCAUUUGCUUGGUGGGUUGGCCGUGCCAAUGAAAAGCAUCUUUACUGGGGAGGAUCUCUUCCGGGCAUUCAACAGUGUGCAUGUGGACUGGAAGAAAGUUGUCUGGAUAUGAGAUAUUUUUGCAACUGUGACGCAGAUAGAGAAGAAUGGACAAAUGAUACCGGCCUCCUUGCAUUCAAAGACCAUUUGCCUGUAACUCAGAUAGUGAUCACUGACACAAACAGAUCAAAUUCUGAGGCUGCUUGGAAAAUCGGCCCUUUGCGUUGCUAUGGAGACAGGCAGUUCUGGAACGCCGCUUCCUUCAACACGGAGGCCUCCUACCUGCACUUCCCCACCUUCCAUGCCGAGGUCAGCGCGGACAUCUCCUUCUUCUUCAAAACUACCGCUGCCUCCGGGGUAUUCUUGGAAAACCUUGGGAUUAAAGACUUCAUACGAGUUGAAAUAAGCUCCCCCAAAGAGAUCACCUUCUCCAUAGAUGUCGGGAAUGGCCCCACAGAAGCCACUGUGCAGUCUCCCACACCCCUGAAUGACAACCAGUGGCACUAUGUCCGAGCGGAGAGGAACCUCAAGCAAACCUCUCUCCAGGUGGACAGCCUCCCCAAGAAGGUCCUGGAGGCACCUGCUGAGGGCCACUUCCGCUUGCAGCUCAACAGCCAAUUAUUUGUAGGAGGAACAGCUUCCAGACAAAAGGGCUUUUUGGGAUGCAUUCGAUCUCUGCAUUUAAAUGGACAGAAACUUGACCUUGAAGAGAGAGCUAAAAUGACACCUGGUGUUAAACCUGGAUGUCCAGGACAUUGCAGCAGUUAUGGUAACCUGUGCCAUAAUGGAGGAAAAUGUGUGGAGAAGUAUAAUGGUUACUCCUGUGAUUGUACCAACUCAGCCUAUGAAGGACCUUUCUGCAAGGAAGAGGUUUCUGCAUUAUUUGAAGCUGGGACUUCCAUUACCUAUAUUUUCCAAGAACCUUAUCCCGUCACAAAAAAUGCAAGCACCUCAAGCUCUGCCAUUUAUGCGGAUGCUGUCAUGUCCAAGGAAAAUAUUGCAUUUAGCUUUCUCACGGCACAUACUCCAAGUCUUCUGUUGUACAUCAACACCUACUUUCAUGAAUAUUUGGCUGUGAUUCUCUCCAAGAAUGGAAGUUUACAGGUCCGAUACAAGCUGAGUAAGGAUGGGCUCCUCAUUUUCACCAUUGACUCUGGAAAUUUUGCCAACCGAGAGCUGCACCACGUGAAGAUUAACAGAGAAGGCAGAGAGCUCAUCAUUCAGGUUGAUCAAGUUCUCAAACUCAAACACAACUUUUCUGAGAUUGAUUUUAAGGCCAUUAAAUCACUCACCUUGGGCAAGGUCACAGAUAGUUUGUCACUGGACCCUGAAGUUUCAAAGGCAAAUGCCUAUGGUUUCACUGGCUGCCUGUCCUCUGUUCAGUACAACCACAUUGCUCCCCUGAAAGCUGCCUUACGCCAUCCCAGCGUUGCUCCCGUAACUGUCAAAGGCUCCUUGACUGAAUCCAGCUGUGCAUCCAUAAUGGAAGGUGAUGUGAACACAGUAACCACGAUAUAUUCCUCAUCAGAUCCUUUUGGGAAGACAGAUGAAAGAGAGCCUCUCACCAAUGCAGUCAGAAGCGAUUCAGCUGUGAUUGGAGGUGUAAUAGCAGUUGUGAUAUUCAUCAUCUUUUGCAUCAUCGCCAUCAUGAGCAGAUUCCUCUAUCAGCACAAACAAGCGCAUCGAAGUAGCCAGACAAAGGAGAAGGAAUACCCAGAAAACCUCGAGAGCUCCUUUAAAGCUGACAUUGACUUGCAGAACACAGUGAGCGAGUGCAAACGGGAAUAUUUCAUCUGAUGGACAAUGCGAUUUCUUCUUACUCUUACUUCCCUACCCUUCCUUCCUUUAUUCCUUUAUUCCUUCCUUUUUUCUUUUUGUAAGUUUUUUUAAACAUUCAUUUUUUGCUAACUUCUUUUUCAUUUGGAAAAGACCGCCCUGCACAGGAAACACUGACAACAAUCACAGUACCUUGUUCUCCGCACAGGAACCUGGCAGUCACAGUUUGCUUCCGCAGUUCAAGAGACCUGUUGUCCCACCCUACACAAAAUAAGAUCCAGAUGCACACCUGGUUUCUGCUGUGGGUUCCUGGAUGUUUCAAAGUCUCUACAUUUAUUUGUGUUUUUCUCUGGAGCCAUUUAAUUCAUCACUUUUACACUAGAGCUGGACUAUGUAAAGUAGAGGUAAAGUAGCUGAACACGUAGCUCUACAGAUACUGGGACAGGAUAGCGGGAAAGAAUGAGACCUAAAUGCCUGAUUAAUUUUACAGGCUUAUUUACAACAAUCAUAAAGAACUGGCCAAAUUCUCGAAUGAUAUGAAUUGAUAUAUAUCUAUUGAUUUCAAUGGUUUUACAUUAAUUUGUACCAGUUGAGAAGCUGGUCUGAGGUAAGGAAAAAUAAAACUAUCCUCAUUAAGCUCCUUCCCCCAACCUCCUGUCCUUUUACUGUAACUUUUAGGCUUACCAGUACUUUUCCAACAAUAUAUGUAUCAACAAUAAAUGUCAUUCCCAUGCACCUCUUUCACCUUCAUCUCAUAAGGCUGGCUAUGUAGACCCAACAUACUCUAGCAUAACUCUAGCUGAAGCAUGGAAAAUAGUAGCUUGAAUCUCCAAGGGUUUUAGGAAGCUGCUAGGAUUUAGGUGCUCUAUAUUUGUCUGAAAUGUUAGAAAUGCAACAUAUACCUGUUCAUGCCAUAUGGAGGGUUGUCAUGCACUGAGGUUAAACACUGUUGCUGCUGUGGCAAAGAAAAAGUACAUAGACAAGAAAAAGCAAAAAUAGUUUAAUCUUAAACAUGAGCCACACCUUCUGCCAGUUCUUCU